AUGAAACCAAUUAUUGAAGAAAAUAAUUUUGAUGAUGUUACUGUUAAAACUAAGUAUGGUACAAUUAUUGGUAUUAGGCAGAUAUUUAAUAAAACAAAAAUUAAUGUUUAUCUUGGUGUUCCAUUUGCCCAACAACCAGUAGGAAAAUUACGUUUUGGAAUUCCAAAACCAUUACCAAUACCAGGUUGGGAUGGAAUUUUAAUUGCUGAUAAACAUACUAGUACAUGUAUAUUAACACCAGAUAAAAUGUUUCCACAAUUUCCUGGAGCAGAAAUGUGGAAUCCAACUAAUUCAUUAGAUGAAAAAUGUUUAGCUUUAAAUAUUUGGAUACCACAAAAUCAUGAUGGUAAAGUUAUGGUUUGGAUUUAUGGUGGUGGUUUUUUUUCUGGAUCACCAUCAUUAGAUUUAUAUGAUGGAAGAGUUUUAGCUGAAAAAGAAAAAGCAAUUAUUGUUAAUAUUAAUUAUCGCCUUGGUCCAUUUGGUUUUUUGUAUUUUGGUCCAAAUACAAAAGUACCUGGAAAUAUGGGUCUUCUUGAUCAACAAAUGGCAUUAAAAUGGGUAUAUGAAAAUAUUGGUGAUUUUGGUGGAAAUCCAAAUAAAAUAACAUUACUUGGUGAAAGUGCUGGUGCUGCAAGUGCUACAUCACAUUUAUUUGCUCCUGAUAGUGAAAAAUAUUUUAAUAAAAUUAUUGUUAAUUCAGGUACUAUAACAAAUUCUUGGGCAACUAAAUCUAAAGAAAUUAGUCUUAAAAUAUCAUUACAAUUAGCCAUUAGAAUGAAUUGUACAGAUGGUUUAGGAUUAUCUGAAUCAGAAAUAAUAUUAAAUAAUAUUAAUAAUGUCAUACAAUGUCUUUAUAUGGCAUCACCAUACAUUAUUCAACAAGAAAGUGAUAUAAUAACACUUGGUAUGCCAGUACCAAUGACAUUUCCAUUUACACCUGUUGAAGAGGAUGUAAAUUUUUUCAAAGGUAAUAUUCAUGAAAAAUUAGCUAAAAAUGAUUUUAAAAAAAAUGUAAGUGUUAUUAUUGGAUCAGUUAAAGAUGAAGGAACAUAUUGGUUACCAUAUUUUCUUUAUCAUGAAAAACAUGGUUUAAAAUUUAAUCAUACAAUUAGUUCAGAUGAUAUAGAAAAUCAAGCAUUAAUAAGUGAUGAUCAAUAUAGAAAUUCAUUUAAAGAAUUUUCACCAUAUUUUGGUGAUUCACCACUUAUUAAUCAUGCCUUAAUUGAUGCUUACUCUUUUGCUUCAACAUCAAAUAAUGAUAAAGAAAGAAAAAGAGAUGGUAUUGCUAGAUUUGUUGGUGAUUUUUUCUUUACCUGUUCAUUAAUUGAUUUUGCUGAUAAAUUAUCUGAUAAUAUUUAUGGACCUAUUUUUAUGUAUUAUUUUACCAAAAGAUCUACUGCCAAUCCAUGGCCAAAAUGGAUGGGUGCUAUGCAUGGUUAUGAAAUUGAAUAUAUUUUUGGAAUGCCUUUUAGGAGACCUGAAUUGUAUAAGAAGGAUGCUUUAGAUAUGGAACAAAAAUUUUCACUACAAAUAAUGAAAUUAUGGAGUACUUUUGCUAAUGAUGGAAAAGUUUAUGAUAGUUGGUCAAGAUAUAAUAAAGUUACCAGAGAAGCAAUUGUUCUUGAUGACUUUAUAUCACAAAAUAGGAGUCCAAAAAAAAUAAGAGAUAUUCAUGGUCAUUUUUGUAAAUUAAUUGAUGAAGCAAAAGUUUUAUCAAUGUCAACAAUGAAAAGAAAUCCUUAUUUAGCUACAGCUGAUUAUAAAAUAAGGCAAAAAUUCAAUGAAAUAUCUUCAUCUACAUCAAAACUUCUACCUUCAGUAUUAUUAUUGAUAAUUGGAAUAAUACUAAAAUCUUCUCAACAAUUCAUCUUCUGA